AGAGUCUGUCUCGCACGACCUCUUACCCCCAAACAGUACCUAGCAAUUACGUCCUCUGUUUCAAAAGCUAUUAUAUGAAAUUUGUAAUGCAAGUUGCUUGCGCUUAGACGCGUCGGUCGAUAGUUCGCAUGCUUAUUAAGCCACUUUGAGGAGACACCAAGGGGCCGCCAGGUAGUAAUCAGCAGAAAACGAAGAAGACGAUACCUCUACACGAUGACGACUCUAGACCCUAAGUCGAGACCAGAAGAGUUGGUCAUCUCGUCAGUUUAAUUCUAGAGUAUUGAAGCAUAUAAAUCGAUUAGGAUGGUUUUAGAGCUUACGAGGCUCCAGAGGACCCAGUCGAAAUUUCAAAAACCAGAGAUGAGCAAACACAAGGAGCCGAUCGCAAGCUUCAAGGACCUCAUGGGAGCAAACAUUGCGUUGCUGCGUUGUAUGGGGCUGUUCUUCAUGGACUGCGUCUUUACGGGGAAACCGAAAAGACCUGGGGCACCUGAAGCAGUUUUCAUAUCUGCUGGUGUAGUGCUGGUAUCGCUGAUGGUAGUAUUUGCGUUUCGCACCGCCCUGCUUGUGUGGGAGCAAGACCUCAUCCUGGCUCUUAACCUGACACCAAUUGCGAUAUCCGCAACUUUGUGUGUUUUCAAGGGCCUAAGGCUUCUGGAGAAGUCUCGAGACAUCACGUAUCUGCUUAACAAACUUGGUGCCUUGUGGGGCACCUUUGUCGAGAGAAGAAGAAACGAGGCAGAAGUCUCGAGGAUGAUAAGAGUCGUGACCGGCCAUCGCAACUUAUAUGUCCUGGUGAUCAUGGGGGGAUUUCUAUUGUUCGUCAUGCCUGCGCAUAUGUACAUAUUGGGCCAAGUGUUCAUCACGAAGGAUGAAUAUAAUUCUUUUAACUACAGCCUGACAGUUUUUCCCCUAGUUUACCCCUUUCCACGGAGUAAUGCCCUCUGUUACUCGUUAUGCGUUCUGCUUGAACACCUAGCGAUACUUUUCAUAGCCUUUUUCUGGUGUUCCUGCGAUUCUGUAUUCGCACAAGUCACCACUCAUGUUGCGAUCCACUUUGAAUCUCUGCCAUGCCAUCGAGAACAUAUUCAGCCCGAUAAUAUUGUUGACGACGCUAAUGACUGCUACUAACAUUUGUUUCUGUCUGUACCAAAUAGAGAUGGUAAAGAGAAAGAUGCAUCUACCAGUAAUUCACUGAAGAUCACUAAAUCUCUUAUUUUAUAGAUGCUGACAUUUGGUGAGUACGUGGAGACGGCGAAGAACAUAGUUCACUUUCUGAUACUCUUCUCGGCGAUAGUCACUUAUUGUGGAUUUGCUAGCAUGCUCACUGAUAAGGUAAGCUUCCAAACUAUUGCG